AUGGAAAACUCUGUUACAGCCACUGCAUCUCUAUCCCUUCAACUCCACCGUUUCUCUUCGAAUUUCCAAGUCUUCUGCUUCAAACCUUCCACGCAAUCACCAUCACCACCACCCCCUAAAUCACCCACAACAACAACAACAACAACCCAUCACAGAAACGUGCCCAAAAUCACCACCAAGAAGAAUAACAACAAGUACAAGGUGAAACCUUUCAAAGAAAAAGAUGUUUUCCCAUGCUCCUUACCCCUCCACACCAAAAACCCACGUUCCAUUUACAAGGACAUUAAGCGAUUCGCUCGCGAGAACAAGCUCAAGGAAGCUCUCACCAUCAUGGACUACGUUGACCAACAGGGUAUCCCUGUUAACAUCACAACCUUCUCUUCCCUCAUUGCUGCUUGCAUCCGCACCAAUUCAAUCUCACAAGGAAGGGAAGUUCACACCCAUAUUCGAAUCAAUGGCCUUGAAAACAACGAUUUUUUGCGCACUAAACUGGUUCAUAUGUACACUUCUUGUGGGUCAUUGGAAGAAGCUAGAAAAGUUUUUGAUGGGUUACCCUGUUGGAACGUUUAUCCAUGGAACGCGUUGCUUAGAGGGACUGUGAUUUCGGGUAAGAGGCAAUACAUUGAUGUGCUCAACACUUAUUCAGAGAUGAGGUCUUUGGGGGUUGAGUUGAAUGUGUACAGUUUCUCCAGUGUCAUCAAGAGCUUCGCCGGUGCACCGGCGCUUUUUCAAGGCUUGAAGACUCAUGCCCUUUUGAUCAAGAAUGGUUUGGUUGAUAGCUCCAUCCUCAGGACUAGUUUGAUUGAUAUGUACUUUAAAUGUGGCAAGGUUAAGCUUGCACACCGUGUGUUUGAGGAAAUUUCCGAUAGAGAUGUUGUUGUGUGGGGAGCUAUGCUUGCAGGUUUCGCGCAUAACAGGUUGCAGAGGGAAGUAUUGGAGUAUGUAAGGUGGAUGGUAGAGGAAGGAGUAGACCCGAAUUCAGUUAUAAUGGCUACUGUUAUUCCUGUAAUUGGGGAAGUUAGUGCAAUAAGGUUAGGUCAGGAGGUUCAUGCUUAUGUAAUGAAGGCAAAAUGGUACUCUAAGCAACUGCCAAUUCAAUCUGCUUUGAUUGAUAUGUAUUGCAAGUGUGGGGAUAUGAGUUCAGCAAGACGGAUUUUUUAUAGCACAUUGGAGAGAAAUGUGGUUUGUUGGACAGCUUUGAUGUCAGGUUAUGCUUCAAAUGGAAGGCUAGAGCAGGCACUAAGGUCCACAAUUUGGAUGCAGCAAGAAGGGUUCAGGCCUGAUGUGGUGACUGUUGCCACGGUUCUUCCAAUUUGUGCUCAGUUGAGGGCUCUUGAACAAGGGAAGCAGAUUCAUGCUUAUGCUUUGAAACAUUGGUUUCUGCCUAACGUAUCCAUAACUUCUUCUUUGAUGAUGAUGUACUCUAAGUGCGGUGUGAUUGAGUAUUCUGUAAGACUAUUUGAUAAUAUGGAGCGAAGAAACGUGAUUUCAUGGACGUCAAUGAUUGAUUCAUAUGUAGAAAAUGGGUAUCUAUAUGAAGCACUUGGUGUGAUAAGGUCAAUGCAAUUGUCAAAGCAUAGGCCAGACUCAGUUGCCAUAGCAAGGAUGUUGAGUGUUUGUGGUGGAUUAAAACUUAUAAAGCUUGGGAAGGAGAUUCAUGGGCAGUUCUUGAAAAGAGCCUUUGAAUCAGUUCAUUUUGUUUCUGCAGAACUUAUCAAUAUGUAUGGCACUUUUGGAUAUGUUAAUAAGGCAAAGUUGGUGUUUAAUGCAGUUCCCGUUAAAGGAUCUAUGACAUGGACUGCUCUUAUAAGGGCCUAUGGAUAUAAUGAAUUGUAUCAGGAUGCAAUCAACAUUUUUGAUCAGAUGAGAUCAAAUGGUUUUUCUCCAACCCACUUCACUUUUGAAGCCAUUCUAUCUAUAUGUGACAGAGCUGGAUUUGUUGAUGAUGCAUGUAGAAUCUUCAAUAUAAUGCCUAGAUGUAAAAUUGAUGCAACUAAGGAACACUUCAAUAUAAUGAUCCGACUUCUUACCCGGUAUGGUCAACUAGAGAAAGCUCAGAGAUUUGUACAAAUGAGUUCUUCCUUAUAGAAGAGGCAACAUAACCUUUUCCUUCUGAAAGAUUUGUUAAAAAUUCCCGAACUGCAAACAUGUAACUUUUUGGUUC